AUGACCGUGGCACAAUUGGGCGCAGGAGACACCUUCCUCACAAUCCACCCCUUGGCCUUGGGAGUGCUGUGGGAGGACAGGGCCGUAGAACGAACGGUGGAUGAUGGGUCGGGCACCGCGGCCGCUGGCCGUUUUGAAACUGCCGUGGGCGCGGCCGCUGGUGGUGCUGCCACUUCGCGGAAGCAUGCUGACGGCAGCGCUGGCAUGUCACGGCGAGGCUGCUUCUUCACUGGUCAAGAGGAUUAUGCUUUGGCUAGUAAGCAGGAAACCUGGCGGGAUCAGCCGCAGAAACAGGAGACGGAGGAGCGGGAUCAGACCACCGUGCUGGCUGGGUUGACCAUGUCGGAGCAGGCUCUGGCCCCAACGGGAGCAUCGGCGAUGAGAUAUGAUAGCUGA